AUGGAGAUGAGGAAGGUGAACAAGUCUCUGGAGCUGACCCAGGAAGAGUCAGAGUCCGUCUCGCAACUCGUCAUUCCAGCUAAAGGAUACGGUGAGUCGAGCUUCUACGAGGCUUUCGCUCUUCGAGGCAUCCGACUGGAUCGAGUCGAACCCGGAGUACUCGUCGUCUGUUCUUUCAAGGUCCCUCCCCGUCUCGCCGAUAGAAGUGGAAAUUUGGCUAAUGGUGCAAUUGCAAACCUUAUUGAUAUAGUUGGUGCUGCCGUAGCUUAUGUUCCAGGCCAUCCUUUGAAUGUUUCUGUGGACAUUUCCAUCUCCUACAUUUCAACAGCCAAACUUCAUGCACCAGUUCUUGUGUGCGCUUUGCGCAUACGGCAACAUGCUCAAAUGGGUAGGACGAGAGUGUGUAUGGUUGUAUGCUUGACCUGA